AUGAAGCUGGGCGCCGCCUGCCUCCUGUGGCUGCUGCUGCUCUGCCUGAGCCUGCCCGCCACGCACGGCCGCGUCCUGGAGCGCUCGGUGGAGAUGAGGACCCCGGACAUCGAUCCCUCGUGGUACACGGGCCGCGGGAUCCGGCCCGUGGGGCGCUUCGGGCGGCGGCGGGCGCUGGGCGGGCCCGGGGCUGCUCUGCGGGGCUGCGCUGCUCCUGCCCGGCUGGAGCCGAGCCCCUGA